GUUACCCAGCCCUGGACUCUUGGUUUUUUUGGGAGAUUUUUGAUUACUAAUUCUAUUUCUUUACUGGUUAUAGGAGAUUUCUUUUGUAAGAAGUGAUUUUAGAUUAAAUCCCAGGCAUUUGGGGUAUAGAUUAUUAAAUUCUGGAUCUUAUUUAAGUCUUUUUUAGGCACCUCCUCUGACAGUGCACCGCUGAAGGAAAGGGAAUAAUGCAUUGCUUGCUUACUGCCAGCAUCCUGUCUGGGAUAUAUGAAAUAAACCAGCACCACCCACCAAAACACCAAAACAACAACUCAGAAAUUAAUUCCGUAUCAGCUCGAGUCCUGCUCUCUCUGGUGGUUCCGGGCCAUCUGAUUUUCUUCUAUAUCAUUUACUUGGUGGAAGGCCAUUUGGUCCCACAAAGUAAGAUGUUUGUGGUAUUCUAUCUGCUAGCAAGUCUGAUGCAGGUGACAAUUCUGCUGUACCUGGCAGAAGUGAUGGUUCGGCUCGCGUGGCACCAGGCUCUGGAUCCAGACAGCCACUGCAUCCCCUACCUCACAGGGCUGGGGGACCUGCUAGGGACUGGCCUCCUGACACUCUGCUUCCUUAUCAACUGGUUAUUGAGGAGUGAAGCAGGGCUGGAUGGCAUCUCAGACCCAGCAUCCGGGCCUCCCUAAUGAGCCCAGGCAGCCAUAUUUGCUCAGUAGAAUUUUCCUUCCCACCAGCAGGGUACAGAAUACAGUUUCUCCCUGACUAGGUCCUCAGGAAGGAUGGUUAACACCCUGAUUCUGCAGUGACCCUUUGUCAGUCUUCCAGGGACACUCACACAUCUUGACUCUGGAGUUGGAAGCUGAGCCUGUAAAGGUGAAGGAGACCUGAAAUCAGAGGCAGUGUUUGUGUACAUGUGACUGCAUGCUCCUGGGCUUGAGUGUGUACUCAUGUGCUGGGUGAGUGCAAAUAAGUGACUGUGUGUGUGUGGAGAGCAGGGGACUCUGCCCUGAAGACGCUGAAGGAAGAGGCAUGUCCAGUGCACUGGGGGGAUGUGUGGGCAGUGUUCUGUGUCCACACAGCCUGUACUUGGAAGGAGCAGGAAGGAAACACUUUCUGUGCCUAUACCUCAGGACUGUGCUGUGGCUUACCCACAGGCUGACUAGAUCCAAGCUUCAUGGGCUAUUUUGCUGAUGUGCCUGCAAAUGUGCAACCCUUCCCAGGACAGCCCUUCCUUGCAUACCCUUGUCAUCUGCUCUUGGUAUUUAAUCCUGUCGCUAUGUUUCUUUUUCUUUUUUUAUGUUGAAGCCAAACUUCUGUUUAGAUUUUAGUGAACACAAAAGUAUAAAAUAAAACAUAGAUUAUAUUGUA